CAUUUCCUCUCUGCUUACCAGGAGAGUGUGCUCAGUUAUCAGUAGUGAGUAAUUUGUGGCAGCGUCAUCUUAGAUUUUUUUGCCCCCACAAUGGCUUUGCUGAAAUCUUGUAAGCUGUUCCCUGCUGUAAGCAGUUUUUCUCCCUGUAUGACUUUGCUGCCUUCUAGGGCCAGUUCUUGGUGGUCCCAUGUGGAGAUGGGUCCCCCAGAUCCUAUUCUAGGUGUGACAGAAGCCUUCAAACGUGACACAAACCCAAAGAAGAUGAACCUGGGAGUUGGGGCAUACAGGGAUGAUUCAGGCAAGCCUUUUGUCUUGAGCAGUGUGCGUAAGGCUGAGGCUGCGAUGGCUGCAAAAAAGUUGGACAAGGAGUACCUUCCUAUUGCAGGUCUGGCCGAAUUCAACAAGGCCUCUGCUGCGCUGGCACUUGGAGAGACAAGUGAAGUGCUGAAGAGUGGCCGGAAUAUCACAGUUCAGUCAAUAUCAGGAACUGGAUCCUUGCGAGUUGGUGCCAACUUCUUGCAAAGAUUUUAUAAAUACAGCCAGGAUGUUUACCUUCCAAAGCCUUCUUGGGGCAACCACACCCCUAUCUUUAGAGAUGCUGGACUGGCGCUGAAGGCAUACCGUUACUAUGAUCCCAGCACUUGUGGUUUCGAUUUCGCAGGUGCUCUGGAUGACAUUUCUAAAAUUCCAGAACAGUCCAUUAUCCUUUUCCAUGCCUGUGCACAUAACCCCACUGGUGUAGAUCCUAGGCCUGAACAGUGGAAGGAGAUUGCUGCAGUAGUUAAGAAAAGAAACCUCUUCCCUUUCUUCGACAUGGCUUACCAGGGAUUUGCUAGUGGUGAUAUUGACCGGGAUGCUUGGGCCGUGCGAUAUUUCAUUGAGCAGGGCAUCAACAUCGUGCUGGCACAAUCAUAUGCCAAGAAUAUGGGACUAUAUGGUGAACGUGUUGGAGCCUUCUCUGUGGUCUGCAAUGAUGCCGAUGAGGCAAAGAGAGUGGAAUCCCAGCUAAAGAUAUUGAUCCGUCCCAUGUAUUCAAACCCACCUUUGACUGGAGCCCGUAUUGCUGCUUCUCUUAUGACCAAUCCAGAGCUACGAGCAGAAUGGCUACAGGAAGUAAAGGGAAUGGCCAACCGCAUCAUCAGCAUGAGAGAGCAGCUGGUUUCCAACUUGAAGAAAGAGGGGUCCAUUCAUAACUGGCAGCACAUCACUGACCAAAUUGGCAUGUUCUGCUUCACAGGACUGAAGCCAGACCAGGUGGAGCGUUUAACCAAGGAGUUCUCAAUCUACUUGACAAAGGAUGGACGUAUCUCUGUGGCUGGUGUGUGCUCUUCCAAUGUGGCCUAUCUUGCACAUGCCAUUCACCAGGUCACAAAGUAAUGCAUCGUAUGAAACGAGGACAGGAAAAAGCAUAGUGGAAAUAGUACCCUGUUUCAGUAGUAUUUAAAGGCACUUGGUUAGGUCAACGGUUCCUGAAAAGAAAAUUUCUUCAGAUGGUUCAAACUGAAAAUGUUACAGAAGCAUGUGCAUAAUUUCUUUUGAAAAUUGAAGUGUAGAAAAACUGCUAAUGUUUUUUAGGGUUUAAUAAGCUCUUCAGUUUCAUAAGUUUAGGUUUUACAGAUACCUACUUGCUCAUCCCUUUACUCAGCAGUACAAAACUUCUAGAAUAUUAUUGUCGGGAACACAGCAUUUCUGAAUUCCUCCAUCUUCAGAAGUAUUAACUGUGGUGCUGCUCGUCUGUUUAAACACUUCUCAUGUCUUGUAUUUUAAUGUGAUUUGUUGUAAAGGCCCCAAGACUGAUUAUAAUCUUAUUUCCUCUUGCCUGUAGGUUGAUACAGGUGAGAACCAAUCAGGCUUUCAUGUCAUCUGCAAGAACAGAAACAAAUGUUGCAUAGUGUUGGUUUCUAUUUAAAAUGAUUAAGAAUAUUCUAAAAUAAAAUGUACAUUUCUAA